GAAGCAAAUUCUCUUCUUUUCCCCUCCCACGGGAAGGUAGGACAGACUAUGCCAUACUUAAAUGUGGGUACUGAAGCAACAGCAACAGUCGGUGAUCUGCAGGACAUUUUAUUAUGAGUAUCUUUGAGCUCAGCCAUAUCACAAAUGUGUUUGGUAUCUUUGGACUCCUCCAAGUGGUCUCUUUGCUUGGCCUACUGCUGCUGCUGUUAAAAUCAGCCCAAUACUACCUGCACAGGCAAUGGCUCAUCAAGUCCCUCCAGCAGUUCCCACCCGCACCCCCCCCCCAAUGGCUUUUUGGGAACACCCUAAAGGACCAGGACCUCCAGCAGAUACUUUUAUGUGUAGAAAAAUUCCCAUCCACCUAUGUACGGUGGCUCUGGGGGAACCAUGCACGUGUCGUGAUCUAUGACCCUGACUACAUGAAGGUGAUACUGGGGCGAUCAGAUCCAAAAGUUGUACGCUCCUACAGUUUCUUUGCUCCCUGGAUUGGCUACGGUUUGCUCCUGUUAAAUGGGAAGAAAUGGUUCCAGCAUCGGCGAAUGUUAACUCCAGCCUUCCACUAUGAUAUCCUUAAGCCUUAUGUGGGAAUCAUGGUGGAUUCUGUCCAUGUGAUGCUAGACAAAUGGGAGCAGCUUGUGGACCAAGAUUGCCCUCUGGAGAUCUAUCAAGACAUAUCCUUGAUGACCAUGGAGACAAUGAUGAAGUGUGCCUUCAGUUACCAGGGUAGUGUCCAGUUGGAGGACUGCAGAAAUUCCAAAUCCUACAUUAAGGCUGUUGAAGAUCUGACACACCUGAUUUACUUGAGAGUGCGGAAUGGCUUUCAUCAGAAUAAUACCAUCUACAGUCUGUCCUCCAAUGGCCGCUCAUUCUAUCAUGCCUGUCAGAUUGCUCAUAAACACACAGAAAGAGUGAUCCGUAUGAGGAAGGCUCAGCUGCAGAAUGAGGCAGAGCUAGAGAAGUUCAGGAAGAAGAAGCGCUUGGAUUUCUUGGACAUCCUCUUGUUUGCUCAAACAGAGGAUGGGAAGAGCUUGUCUGAUGAGGACGUGCGUGCAGAGAUGGACACAUUCAUGUUUGAGGGUCAUAACACCACAGCCAGUGGAAUCUCCUGGAUUUUCUAUGCUCUGGCCACCCACCCUGAACACCAACAGAGAUGCAGAGAGGAGGUGAAGAGUAUACUGGGUAAUGGAACCUCUGUCACCUUGAACCACCUGGACCAGAUGCCCUACACAACCAUGUGCAUCAAGGAGGCCCUGAGGCUCUAUCCACCAAUACCAGGUGCGAGCAGAGAGCUCAGCUCACCUGUCACCUUCCCAGAUGGGUGCUCCUUACCCAAAGGUUUCUUGGUUACUCUCUCCUUUUAUGGCCUUCACCAUAACCCAAGACUGAGGCCAAACGCAGAGGUGUUUGACCCAUCUAGAUUUGCACCAGGUGCCCCCCGGCAAACACAUGCCUUCCUACCCUUCUCAGCAGGAACAAGAAACUGUAUCGGGAAACAGUUCACCAUGAAUGAGCUGAAGGUGGCUGUGGCCCUGACCCUGCUCCGAUUUGAGCUGCUGCCAGAUCCCACCAGGGUCCCAAUCCUUGUAUCAAAAAUUGUGCUAAAGUCUAAGAAUGGAAUCUAUCUACACACCAAGAAGCUAAAAUAACAGUGGUGGGAAAAGAACAUCUCCAGAAGCCUGCUGCUGGAAGAACUUUCUGCUUGUCGCCUGCUUUUGUUCCCCACUCGUCUAUACUUAUUUUGCUUCUCUCUGUCCUGCUUCUCCUAUGCUACCUGUAAUAUCUCCUGCCCAUUCUCUCUUGUUCUUCUUUCUCUAACUCUCCUCUAGAUUCCUUCCCAGCUUGUGUGUGUCUAUCUUCCACUGGGCUGUCUCUCUGACUGGCCUCAUAACCCCUGAACCUCCAGGAUAUUCGCCGAUUAUAACCUUUGCCCCCAUGGAUGCAUAGAUACUAAAGGGAGACACCUGUAUCCCUCCUUGUGAUUUUCAGACUAUUAAAUCAAUGG